CGGAAUUGUUCUCGAACUCGCCGAUGUGGUGGUAUAUAGCUAUCAAAUAUAAGCGAUAUGUGAGAAGUAGACUAACUGCUUUUAGGAUGACAAAGAACCACAACCCCUCAGGUGCAGCUGACGGUAGCGAAAACAUCCAAUCGUGGAACUUGGAGCAGCAUGCGAUCUACAUGGCGAAUGUAGCAAAGCAUUUCAAGGACAACUGGGGCGUCGAGUUCGAAACUGUAGAUCCGUUCAAUGAGCCAAGCGCCAACUGGUGGAAGGCAGACGGUACGCAAGAAGGAUGCCACGUCGACGUAUCCACCCAGGCCAAGAUUGUCGGCUUCCUCGAUACACAUCUCGCGAGCCGCGGACUGUCAACGAAGAUUGCGGCAUCCGAUGAGUCGUACUACGACCAAGCUGCUACCACCCUGAAGACGAUUGGUAGCAGUGCACUCAGCAAGAUUGAUAGGAUCAACGUGCAUGGUUACCAGUACGGAAGCGGUGAUCGCGCUGGUGUCCAUACGCUAGCUACACAGGCUGGAAAGUCUCUCUGGAACAGUGAAUACGGUGAUGGUGUGGCCUCUGGCGAGAACAUGGCUAGAUACCUCCUCCAGGACCUCCGCCAAUUGAAGCCUACAGCAUGGGAGUACUGGCAGGUCUUGGACCAAGGUGGGUGGGGAUUGGUAGACGCGGAUAAUGAUGCGAAAACGCUGGGUUCAUCCACACAGAAGUACUAUGUACUCGCGCAAUUUGCAAGACAUAUGCGCCCAGGAAUGCGGAUCCUCGAUGGCGGCCGGGACAACGUCGUUGCUGCUUACGAUGCGAGCAAGUCAUUAUUGGUUAUCGUAGCCGUGAACUGGGACGCGGCGCAGUACCUAAACUUCGAAUUGUCGGGCUUCUCGGGACGUCCUUCAUCCGGGGCAACCGUUUCGCGGUGGAGCACUCAGAUUGGCAGCGGUGAUCGGUACGUGCAGCAUCUCGACACUACGAUCAGCGGGACAAAGUUCUGGUCGAAGUUUGAGAAGAACAUGGUGCAGACUUUCGAGGUUACGGGUAUCAAGUUGUAAAGCAUAGCGCAUGCGAUACCGUGAAAUUAUCCGAUUCUUUGCUUUCUUCUGACCCAUAUCUCGUCGCCCUCACUGCCAGCUCUUUGCUGAACUUCCCAAAC